AUGGUAUUGCAUGAUAGCCACGCUGAAAUCUUAGCGAUUCGGGCUUUCAACCACUGGCUGCUUGAAGAAUGCAAAUCCCUGCUUCAACAGAGGGUAGGCUCUUCUAAUUAUGAAUUUGACCGUGGGAGCAUUGGAACCAACGAGGCCAGCGACAACUAUGGCGCGGGGGCAUAUCCAGCCCACGAAGGGAUGUCUGAUAAGCAAGCAUCGGUGUUCAUAAAUUGGAGACAUCGGCCGGAAAUGCAGGAAACGCAGGAAACGCCAGCUCCAUACAACCUCUCUAGAACUUCAGAUAUCAAUCACUUGGAGAAGACAAACUUUUCAUGGCCGCCCUUCGAACUCCGUAAGGACCUAAAAAUAUAUAUGUACGGAACCUGUGCUCCUUGUGGCGAUGCCAGCAUGGAGCUUUGCAUGGCCUCUCAAGAGGAUCCGACACCAUGGACGAUGCCUCACCUGAAAGCCGAUAACGACCUCGAAAUCUCCAAUAGCAAUGAUUGCGAUACCAAUGGAGCAAAUAAUACUUCACACCGCGCCACGAAGCUUCUAAACGGCCGCGCUCACUUCUCCAUACUCGGUGCUGUGCGCCGCAAGCCUUCUCGUGCCGACGCGGAAUCAACUCUGAGCAAAUCUUGCUCAGACAAAUUGGCAGUGAAGCAGGUGACAUCGCUUCUGACAUUUCCAGCGUGCCUACUCAUUGCCCCGAGCCCAAAUGCUUAUUUGACAGCACUGCUGCUUCCGGAGGAGGAAAUAAGUCGUGUGGCAUGCGCGAGAGCUUUUGGAGGUGGUGAAACUGGGCGGCUUAGAGCAUUAAAUGGGCGGAUAUGGAGCGAUGAUGAUGGAACGACUGCGUUUCUAGGUGGGCGGGUAAAUUAUGCACUCCACCCGUUUGAUGUUCGUCCCGUCCCCACCGUUCAGUUCCAAGAGGAGUGGGCGUUUGGGAAGCCGAACCGAAACGAUGGGAAGAUGAAGAAGAAAUGCAAAUCGGGAAAUAUCUCUGCCGUUUGGACAGCUGCUCCAUCAUCUACAUCGGCGAACGGGGGAUGUGGGAAAGCAAAAUCAACGACCAACCUAAAUGAAACUCUGGUCAAUGGCGUUAAACAAGGUUACCACAUUUCUUCGCCCUCACCACGGAAAGCAAGCGCGCUGUCCCGCGCAAAGAUGUGGAGUUUACUAAGGGAUAUUGCGCAACUUUUGCCCUCCACUGAUGAGUAUUGUGGGAAUAAUACGAGCACAAUCCAGGAAGGUAAACUCGAGGAACAUAUGAGUACCGAGAGAGCGUUGGAUAAUACACAAGAUAAUGCGCUACUUGCGACAUUAAAAGACUAUGUGCUCAUAGAGCAAAAUUAUUAUCUGAUGAAGAGGGGAUGUGUCGAAGUGGGCCUCGGUCCCGUGAAGGUUAGAAAGGAGGCGAUUUCGGAUGUGAGGGAGGCGCUGGGAAACUGGGUUGAGAAUCGGGGGGAUGAUAACUGGGGCUUGGAGGUUUUGAAUGAACUCAAAGCCGGAAUGGUUGUGGGAAGGGUGUAACAUAUUUACAUCACAUGCUGUAGAGAGAGGGCAUGUGUCAAGAAAAAUAAUAUUCAAUAUUGUGUCAAGUUAUC